GACACAGAAUCUCCUCACGGUCACUCACCUGAACUCACAUCUCCUGCCAACAUGUCCUACAGCUGCUGCUCUGGAACCUUCUCCUCCCGCUCCCUUAGAGGCUACCUGCGCUACCCAGGAUCCUCCUGUGGCUCUUACCCCAGCAACCUGGUCUACCGCACUGACCUCUGCUCUCCUAGCACCUGCCAGCUGGGCUCCUCCCCCUCCAGUGGCUGUCAGGAGACCUGCUAUGAGCCCACCAGCUGCCAGACAUCCUGCAUGGUGUCCAGACCUUGCCAGACAUUCUGCUACCGCCCGAGGACCUCCUCGCUCUGUAGUCCCUGCUGGACUGCUUACCCCGGGUCUGUGGGCAUUGGGUCCAGCAGCUACCAUUCCCUGGGCUAUGGAUCCAGAAGCUGCUACUCACUGGGUUGUGGAUCCCAGGGCUUUAGACCCCUGGGUUUUAGAAUCUGUGGCUUUCCUUCUCUGGGCUAUGGAUCCAGAUUCUGCCACCCAACCUACUUCACCUCUAGGAGCUAUCAGUCAUUGUGUUACAGACCACUCUGUGGAUCUGGCUUUUAUAGAGCAACUUUUUGA